AAAACCCGAAUUUUAUUAAAAACAAAAAAAUCAAUCAAUUAUUUUGUGAGUUAACAUUUAAAAAAGAAAAAGAACUCUUUUUUUUCAAAAAAAAAAAAUUAAUAUAUUUAAAAUUUACUGAAAACAAUCACAGUUUUAAGAAUUAAAAUAUUAUAAAAAACAAGAAAACAUAAACAAAAUUAAAUUAAAUUUAAAAAAAAAAUUAUUUAGUUCAAUGUCUCAUUCUUCGCAUGUCUCCUUUAUUCUCUAUACUUAUAUUAAAAAUAAAAUCAUUGAAAUAAAUGCGUGAAAAGAAAAUUAAUUAUAGAAAUAAAAAAAGAAAGAAAAUAAAUAAAACUAAUUUAAUUUCGGUAUACGUUGCUGUUAAAAUUUGAUAAAAACAAAAUUAAAAAAUAAUAUAAGAAAAAAAUCAAUGAAAAUGGGAGACCGUGAAGUUUUAGCACAACAUAUUAUGUCAUUAAAUAAUGCUACUACUACAGGCACCAAUAAUUUAUCAUCAAUUAAUAAUACAUCAAUAGCAAUACCAUCAUCAUCAUCAUCUUUAAUAUCUAAUGUAACAUCAUCAUCAAUAGCAACAUCAACAUUACCAACAACAGUUUCAACGGCAUCAAUAACAACAGUUUCAUCUACAACAUCUGGUAUAACAUUAUGUAAUGGUAGUAGUGGUACUGUAUGUGGAAGUGGUGCAACAACUCCAACACCAUCCCAACAACAACAGCAACAAUUAAUGCAAUCACAUCAACAAUCAACGCAACAACAACAACAAAAUCAAUUACAUCAUCAAAAUUCAAUACAAUCAGUUUUAUCAUUAACUAAUAGUGAUACAUUAAAUGGUAGCGGUGGUUUAAAUUUAAAUAAUAGCAGUGGUGGUCCUAUAAUUGGUGUAAAUACAAAUUCAAUAAUUGGUAAUAAUACUGUUGGUAGUAGCAGUAGUGGUGUUGUUGGUAAUACUGGUGUUAAUAGUAGUGGUAGUGGUAAUAUUGGUAAUUCAAUAUUACAUAAUAAUAAUAUUAUAAAUCCUAGUCAAAUCCGAACAACAGCUAAUGGAUGUAUUGGUGGUAUUAGUGGUGGUAUUAAUAUUGGUGUUACAAGUGUUGGCGGUGGUAGUUUAUUACCAACAUCAGCUGUUAAUUCACUUGUUACAGCACCAGUUACAAAUAGUGCAGUUAUUAAUAGUUCUAGUAAUAGUAAUAGUAAUAGUAACAGUAAAUCAAAAGGACCUAUACGUGUUGGAUUUUAUGAUAUUGAAAGAACAAUUGGUAAAGGAAAUUUUGCUGUUGUUAAAUUAGCAAAACAUAGGAUAACAAAAAAUGAGGUUGCUAUUAAAAUAAUCGAUAAAUCACAAUUAGAUGCUAGUAAUUUACAAAAAGUUUAUCGUGAAGUCGAUAUUAUGAAACGUUUAGAUCAUCCACAUAUUAUAAAAUUAUAUCAGGUUAUGGAAACCAAAAAUAUGAUUUAUAUUGUAUCGGAAUAUGCUAGUCAAGGUGAAAUUUUCGAUUAUAUAGCAAAAUGUGGUAGAAUGUCAGAACGUGCUGCACGCUUUAAAUUUUGGCAAAUUUUAUCUGCUGUUGAAUACUGCCAUAAUCGAGGAAUUGUUCAUAGAGAUUUGAAGGCUGAGAAUCUUCUAUUAGACUCAAAUAUGAAUAUCAAAAUAGCUGAUUUUGGUUUUUCAAAUAUGUAUAAACGUGGUGAACUAUUGGCUACAUGGUGUGGUUCACCGCCAUAUGCUGCACCAGAAGUGUUCGAAGGAAAAAAGUACACUGGACCAGAAAUCGAUAUUUGGUCAUUGGGUGUGGUUUUAUAUGUAUUAGUAUGUGGUGCUCUCCCGUUCGAUGGUUCCACAUUACAAUCAUUACGUGAUCGUGUUCUAUCAGGACGUUUUAGGAUUCCAUUUUUUAUGUCAUCAGACUGUGAAAAUUUAAUUCGUAAGAUGCUAGUAUUAGAUCCAACCCGCCGUUAUACAAUUGAACAAAUAAAACGUCAUCGUUGGAUGAUGGCUGAAGUAAUGGAAACACCAGUUGUAUCAGAAAUAUCAGCAACACAUCCUGGUGGUACAUCAUUAGUUGAACCAAAUGAAGAUAUAUUAAGAAUAAUGGCAGAAUUUGUUGGUAUUGAUCCACUUAAAACGAGAGAAAGUCUGAAAAAAAAUAGUUAUGAUCAUAUAGCUGCAAUUUAUUUAUUAUUACAAGAUAGAGUACGUACACGUUCUUUAUCACAAGAUAAUACAAAUUCAAUAUCACAUAUGACAUCAACAUCGAAUUUAUCAAUGGGAUUAGGUGUAGUACAUCCAAAUGCUAUUACAAAUUCAAGUGGUAGUACUGUUGUUGGUGCUAUUAGUAAUCAAGUUGGUAAACAUCCACAUGCCUUAGAUUCACAACGACGUCGACCAAGUACAAUAGCUGAACAAGCAAUGCGUAAAUUAGGAUUAAAUUCAAUUGGUGCUAAUUUACAUACAGCUAGUGGUGCUGUUAGUCGAGAUGGCCGUGAAACAUCAUUAUCACCAAGACAUCAUCAUCAUCAUCAUCAUCAACAUCAUCAAAAUCAUCAUCAUAUACAAAAUACAGCAAUAUCAUCAUCAAGUAAUAAUGAUCGUGGUUCAUGUAUGUUAGGAAGUGUUAUGUUAGGAACAAAUUUAUCUGGAUAUGAUCAUAAUUCAAUGAUGUUAGUACCAACUGGAAUGAUACCAUUACGUGAUACUAAUAUACGUGAACAAACAUCACAUUAUAAUCGUGAUAUUAAUUGUACUACUAAUAUUGGAAGUGGUGGUAAUGUUAUUACAAGUGGUGGUAACGGUAGUUCUAUUAUUGGUGGUGUAUCACAUCAUCAUCAAUAUUAUCGUGGUUCCUUAAUGUAUAAUAAUAAUUCAUCAUCAAGUAGUCCAAGUAAUAAUAUUAAAUUAACAGCAAUACCUUCGUCAGCAUUUUUAGCAACAAGAGAACGUGAAUGUAAUUCACCAUAUUCUGGUGGUAAUAGUGCAAGUGGUAGUGGUAGUAAUGUGACACCAUUAUUAAGAGAAAGUAAUUCAUAUUUAUCACGUGAUUUAUCACAUAGAGUCCCAUCGAAUCGUUUAUUAUCGUGUGGUAUCGAUCAAAGAAUAUUAAAACAAAGUUCAGAAGAUUGUCGAAGACUCUUGCAACAGGCUACCGCUAUAUCAGAUCCAUCACGUAGUUUGGUAUUAUCUUCAAUAAAUCCAAUGGAUGCAAUUCCACCGACUGUACCAUCGGUUCAUUCAUCAUUAAAUUCAACAAGUGGAGGUUCUUUAGCUAUUGGUAGUGGUGUUGUUAAUGCUGGUGGUGGUAGUAAUAAUAGUAAUAGUGGUGGCGGUAGUGGUGGUGGUGUUAAUGUUGGUAUUAAUAUUGGUAUUGGUGCUAGUAAUAGUCUUGAUCCAACAAUAAAUAAAACUCAUCAACCAUUAACUCCACAUAGAAGUUUAACAUCAUCAAAUAGUUUUGAUUCAAAAUCAAGUUUACCAGUUAGUGGUGGUUCAGGUGGUAAUAAUACUGGAGGACAUCAUUUACAUCACCACCAUCAUCAUCAUCAUAGUAGUCAUCAUUCAAAUUCAGUUGGAACUGGUGGCGGUGGUAGUAGUUCAGGUUCAUCAUCACAUCAUCAUGGUAAUCUACAUCAUCAGCAUUCAAUGCCAGUACCAUCAUCGGGAUUUUUUACUAUGUCUGCUGAAGCAUCAAAACUUUUUCACACAUUACAACAGAGUCCUUUACCGUUGGUUUCACUUGAUGCGAGAGCAUCAACUGAAUCGGGGGGUCGUUACUUGUCUCAAAUAAAUCAAGAUAGCGGCAGUCAUUUAUAUAAUAGUAGCAGAGGUGCAAGCAGUAACUAUAAUAGUAGUGGAGGAGGUAAUCCUGGCAUAGGAAAUUUAAAUACGCAAUCAAGUGAUGUGAGACAUUGUGAUACUAUUGGCUGUGGGAAAGAUAAAAUUACAAAUUAUAGUGAAUAUACUCGCAAUAAUCCUUCCUAUAAGGAAUACUUAAAUAAUUUAACAUCAUAUAGCUAUUUACAAACCUUGGAAAAUGAAAAUUCUAGUAAUUUACAUCCGCGUUAUUCACAAAUAACUGCCCAAUAUAGUUCGAGUACCGAUGAAGGUUGUGAUACUGACCAUGGAGGUGAGUUAAAAGAAAUGGAUGAAACACCUUCCACAGUUCCAACACCAAUACAACGUCUCAAUUCAUAUGCCAGUAGUAGUUCAUCCAGUGGAGUUGUAACAAAUUUUCAUUCAAAAAGUUUAAGUCAAAAUUUAAGCUGUGAAUCAUCACGCAGUAAUUUUUCAACAUUUGAAAGUUUAGAUCUAAAUCUAUCGGAUUGUAGUGAUUUAGCUGGUAGUUUACCAUCAUGUGCAACAACAGCAACUGUUUCAACCGAAACUGAUUCAGCUACAGUUAUUAGUUCAACUUCAUUACAUCCAUGUGUUUAUGUUUCGUUAUCAGCAAAAUCACCAAAUUCAUUUACCCGACACAAUCCAAUGAAUAUUAAUGGUGCAGGACAUUUAAAUUUAAAUGGUAAUAAUAGUAAUCAACAUCAUCCACAUCAUAAUCAAAAACGGUGUCGUGCAAUAACAAGAUCACCAGUUGAUUUUAGAGAAGGUCGUAGAGCUAGUGAUGGUCUUGUGGCACAGGGUAUUCUACAUUCACAAUCAGAAAAUCCAUUUAAUACUAGUGUUGCAUUCAAUAGUCAACGUUUACAUGAAGCAUAUAAAGCAAAAGGUGUAUUAGAAUUACAUGUAUUACAAAAAGAGGCAGCUCAAUUAAAAACACAAUAUCAAUCAAAUGUACCACCAGAUGAAAUGACCGUCCGUCAAAUACAGCACAGUCAAUUUCAUAUAAAUCCAAAUAAAACUGCCAUGGAUUUAAAUCCACCAACAUUAUUUCAUCAUAGUUUAAAACAAUCUGAUUAUUAUAAUAGUCCAAAUACAAUUAAUAAUACAUAUAAUAAAAAUACAGAUAUAACACAAUUUUUAAAUUAUAUGCGAUUAGAUUCAAAUUCUCCAUCAUCAAUAAUUGUACAAUCAACAGGAGCAUCAUCAUUACCAUCAUCAUCAUCAUCAUCAUCUACAGAUCGUAAUAAUACAAUAAGUGGUGGAAAUAAUAUAACAAGCGGUAUUACUGGUGGUACAAAUAAUAAUAUAAUUGAUCCAACACAAUUACAAAAACCUCCAUUACAACAACAAUUGAUGCAACAUCGUUUAUUACAACAAAAAAGGCAAAUAUUUCAAAAGCAAGUUGCACUCGAAACAAAUUUAAGUCGUAGACAAAUGUUACGACAACAAAGUUAUAAAAUAGCUCAACAACAGCAAAUUCUUCCACCAUUACCAUUAAAUGAAAUUGAAUCAGAAGAUUUAUUAGCAUUUCAAGCUAUUGUUGAAGGUAAUAUUACAACAGCAAAUUCAAUUGGACCAAAUUCAAUUAUUGGUGGUAGUAGUAUUAAUUUAAAUCCAAUAUCAUGUGGAAUAUCUGGUUCAGUUGUUAUAUUAAAUAAAUCACCAACACCAUCAGUAUCUGGUUCACCAAAAAUUAUGAAAACAUCACAUAUACAACAGCAACAUUCACAACAAUUAAGUCCAGAACCACAAUCACUUCCAAUUAUAACAUCACCACAACCACAUCAACAACCGCCACCGAGUGUUAGUCCAUCAUUAUUAAUUAGCCGUAGUGGUAGUAAUUCAACAACAAAUUUACAAAAUAUUAAUUCUUCAAGUACAACUGGAGAUUGUUGGAAUCAAUUGCCAGGUUCAAUGCAAACAUCUUGUCAAAUAAAUGAUGGAACAUUAUCAUUAGAUAACAACACCUGGUCAUCAUCAUCUAGUCAUUCUCCAAUAUUCCAGAAUACUGCUAGCUUAUAUACCCCAACAUGGCAGCAUACAAAUCAUCCUUUAUCACCGCCAAUGCAACCGUUAAGUGAAAGUCCAAUUUUAGAAUUAUCUGAACAAAUGGAAUCAAUAUAAAAGUAUUUAUUUAUAUACUAUAUACAUAUAUACAUAUUAUUAUAAAUUAUAUAAAAUAUUAUAUUAAAUAUUCUUAUUUACAAAUUAAAUAUAUAUUUAUUAUAAAUUUAAAAAAAAAAAAAAUAAAUAUAUAGGAACAAUUAAAUAUUAAAAUAUUUAAUAUUUAAGAACAAAAAAGUAAAUAUAAUUAAAUAAAAAUAUUAUGGGGCUGAUUAUAAAAAUUUACUGGAGAUUAAAAAUUAAAAUUUUCAUAUUAACGUACAUACAAAAUAUUAUUAAAAUUUAAUUUAAUAAUAUAUAAAUAUUAUGCAGUCACUCACUAAAAUCUGUAGAUUUAUAGAGUUAAAAAUUUUGAAGAAGUG